UCACAUACUUCCAAAAUGGAACUUUCCCUAUCCAUUCUCUUUGCAAUGUUCAUUCUUUUAAUUUCCCCAAAAACACAAUGCUAUUCUCAUCCCUUAGAUCCUCUUACCCCUAAGGAGAUCAACAAAAUCAAACUUACAAUCAAGAACUCCAAAUAUGCCUCAUUUGCCAAUCUAACUUUCCAUUUUCUUGAUCUUGAAGAGCCCAAUAAACACCUUGUCCUAAAAUGGCUGUCGGCUCCGGCGAGGCGUGUCGAUCCGGUCCCUUCCCGACGAGCCAUUGUGGUGGUUCGAGUGAACGACGAGACCCGUGAAUUUAUCGUCAACUUGAUCCACGGUUCGAUCGUAUCGGAUAAAGUCCAUUCGGGCCAUGGCUACCCGCCAUUCACAUUCGUCGAGCUUCUCCGCGCCAGCCGCCUCCCGUUUGCGGAUUCUCGGUUUCAAGAUUCGAUUUUUCAACGCGGGCUGAACUUGUCUGAAGUCACAUGUCUCCCUCUUACAACAGGUUGGUUUGGUGAGGCUGCGGGAAGAAGAGUUGUAAGAGUUACAUGUUUUUACAGAGGAGGGACUUCUAACAUUUGGGCAAGGCCUAUUGAAGGAAUAAGUUUGUCGAUCGACGUCGAGGCGUUACGGGUGAUCGAGUACAUUGACAGGUCGAAAACGCCGCUGCCGAAAAUCGAAGGUACAGAGUUUCGAGGGCGAAAUCUUAACGAGGGUUCGUGUAACAGAAACGGGACGAACGUAAUCGUCGCGGGGCAUGAAGUUCGAUGGUCGAAUUGGCGCUUCCACGUCGGGUUCGACGCGAGAGCGGGGAUGAUUAUAUCGACAGCUUCGAUUUACGAUUCGACGAAACGGGAAUUCCGGUCCGUGCUCUAUCGAGGGCAUGUGUCCGAGACAUUCGUGCCGUAUAUGGAUCCGACGCCCGAUUGGUACUACCGAACUUUCAUGGAUGUCGGGGAAUUUGGAUUCGGACGGUCCGCAAAUUCUCUUGUCCCCCUUAUGGAUUGUCCUAAAAAUGCCGUGUACAUGAACGGAUACAUGGCCGGCGCAGACGGGGAAGCGCAAGAAGUCCCGCGGGCGAUAUGCAUUUUCGAGACAUGCCCCGGAAAGAUCGCGUGGAGGCAUACGGAGAUCGGUACGCCGGGCAAAGUUGUAAUAAGUGGCGAGCCGGAGAUCAACCUCGUUGUAAGAAUGGUGGCGACCGUCGGGAACUACGACUACAUACUCGAUUGGGAGUUCAAGAAGAGCGGUUUGAUCAACGUUGGCGUAGGUUUAACCGGUGUACUAGAAAUGAAAGCUACAGAAUACAACAAAACCGAUCAAAUAAAAACUAAGGACAUCUACGGUACACUUGUAGCCGAAAAUACCAUAGCCGGGAACCACGAUCACUUUCUAACAUACUACCUAGACCUCGACACGGAUGGACCGGACAAUUCACUAGUUAAGACAACGCUAAAGCGUGUCCUAACAAAGAAUCCCGGCGACUCGCCUAGGAAGAGCUUUUGGACCGUUGUUAAGGAAACGGUUGAAAGAGAAGGCGAGGCAAGGUUUCGGGUAGGAGAGGAGCCGGCGGAGCUGCUGAUAAGUAAUCCUAAGAAGAAAACAAAGCUCGGGAAUGUUGUAAGUUAUAAGGUUGUCCCUGGCAGGGCAGCGACGUCACUGCUGGCCGGGGAUGACUAUCCGCAGAUAAGAUGUUCUUACACAAAAUAUCAAAUUUGGGUGACAUGUUAUAACAGGACGGAGAGGUGGGCCGGAGGGUUUUACGCCGACCGGAGCCGGGGCGACGACGGCUUGGCCGUUUGGAGCCGCAGGAAUCGGGAGAUAGUGAAUAAAGACUUGGUAGUGUGGUAUAGUGUGGGGUUUCAUCACAAUCCCGUGCAAGAAGACUUCCCGGUGAUGCCAACUUUGUACGACGGUUUCGAGCUUAAGCCAACAAAUUUCUUCGAGAGGAAUCCAUUGUUGUCUGAAUUGAAUCCUUUAUAAUAAUCACUUCACUAAGUUCGUUUUUUUUGUUGUUUGGGUUCAUGGGAUAUCGAUGAUCAUUAAUUUAUGUUGUAAUAACAAAAGUUUGUAUGAAGAAAACCCCAAUGGAUAAAAUGUCCUAAGAGGAGAGUUGUGGUUGAAA